UAUGAAUGUCAAAUUAUCUUCACUUUUGUGUUUGGGUGCGAAAAAUUGCUCCGAGUCUGGGGCAACUUGAUAGUUCAUUAGAGAAAACUUCAUUCCUUUUUUGGAAGCAAAUUUUUUUGGGCGUUGGAGCAAGUGUUUCCGAGAAUUGAUCUAUUGAGCGAGCUGUUUACAGUAUCGAAAUAGAUACAGACGACCAUCCGAUAUCGAUUUUUUUUUCUACCCCUGAAAAAUUGACGUAGGAAGAUGGCCAACGUUUGUGAACCAUUAACUCUGGCUAAAGAUGUGAAACGUUCCAUCGAACUGCUGGAAAAGCUGCAAAUGAGUGGAGAAGUUCCAGCAACGAAGCUGGCUGCGUUACAAAAAGUCCUUCAGAGCGAUUUCUUGAAUGCUGUCCGUGAGGUGUACGAGCAUGUGUACGAGACGGUCGAUAUUCAGGGCUCACUGGACGUACGAGCAUCUGCGACUGCCAAAGCUACUAUCGCUGCGUUCGCAGCUAGCGAGGGCCAUGCCCAUCCGAGAGUUGUUGAGUUACCGAAAACGGAUGAAGGACUUGGAUUCAAUGUAAUGGGUGGAAAGGAACAAAAUUCGCCCAUCUAUAUUUCACGUAUAAUUCCGGGAGGUGUUGCAGAUCGUCACGGUGGACUGAAGAGAGGCGAUCAACUGCUAUCAGUGAACGGAGUAUCCGUGGAAGGUGAAAACCACGAAAAGGCUGUAGAGCUACUCAAGCAAGCUGUAGGUUCAGUGAAAUUAGUGGUUCGAUACACACCAAAAGUUUUGGAGGAGAUGGAAUUGCGUUUCGAUAAACAGCGAGCUGCCAGAAGACGCCAACAGUACUAGAUUUCGCGCUAUUACCCUAUUUACACCAUAGCAGUUUGAAAAUUCAUGUCGAUGUUUAAAUUUAAUCAUUGCCUAGAAGUUCUCAAAUUUUCUUUAAUCUAUGAUCCUUCGAUAUUUUAGAUAAUUGUGUUUGUUAUAUUAUUUUGACCAUAUUCUAGAAUCCAAGCACUGCAGCAUAGCAAACGUUAAUGAUACAUACAAAUUGAUCGCCCUAAAUGACCCCUAUAUGAUCAAUAGAAAUAAACGCCGUGCUCAACUGUCUUA